UCUUCAUUAAUUCCUCUAAAACAUUAAUUCUCUCAUGUCUAAUCAUAUACCUAUAAUAACCCAGACCCAAACACUUUGAUUAUAGAAUUCUGCAGAAUUCAAUUGGACGCUGCCAUACGCGUGGGUGUGGUGGUAGCGUUGGCUCAUAAAUAAGAAUGAAGAAAUUGUGCAAUGUGGUGCAGGGCCUUAGGCCUGUGCUUCUAAUGAUAGUGGUGCAGAUAGCAUUUGCUGGGGUCAAUAUCUUCUAUAAGAUUGUCGUAAACGAUGGCAUGAGUUUGAGGAUUAUUGUUGCCUAUCGUUUUUUAUUCGCCACAGCUUUUGUCGCGCCACUUGCCCUUAUUCUUGAAAGGAACAAGAGGACAAAUUUGAACAUGACUUGGACAGUACUGUUUCAGUCAUUUCUUUGCGGUUUAUUUGGGGGAACAUUAGCUCAAAAUUUCUACUUACAAGCCCUGUCUUUAACUUCCGCAACGUUUGCAUCCGCAAUGGCUAACCUUGUACCCGCCAUAACCUUUAUAUUGGCCGUUUCCUUCGGUUUGGAAAGAUUAAAUUUGGGAACAGCAGCAGGGAAGGCGAAAAUAGUAGGUACAUUAAUUGGAAUCAGUGGUGCAAUGGUACUUACUUUCGUUAAAGGAAAGGAAAUCAAUUUUGGGACCUUCCACUUAAACCUUUUGCAUCACCAAAACGGUGCGCACACUGCAACAAGUGCUAAACACAUCUUGGGUGCUCUAUUCGCCCUAGCCAGUGGCAUCAGCUAUGCAUUGUGGCUCAUCACUCAGGCGAAGAUGAGUGAAAGAUACCCUUGUAUUUACUCAAGUACGGCAUUGAUGUCACUGUGGGGAGCAAUACAGUCCACUGUGUUCGCACUUUGCCUUGAGAGAGACUGGAGUCAGUGGAGGUUGGGUUGGAAUAUUAGACUUUUUACUGCAGCUUAUUCGGGUGUGGUGGUUUCUGGGGUGAUGGUGGUUGUGAUUUCGUGGUGCAUCAAGAUGAGAGGCCCAUUGUUUGCCUCUGUUUUUAACCCCCUAAUGCUUGUCAUGGUGGCCUUGGCUGGUACUACCAUGUUGAACGAGAAGCUACACCUUGGAAGCAUCAUUGGAGCAGUGCUGAUUGUGAGUGGGUUAUAUGUGGUUAUAUGGGGCAAAAGUAAAGAGAUGCAGAAGAAGAAUCAAUUAAUGCCAGCAGAAAGUCCGAACGAAUCUAAUACGGUGGAAAUAGUGGUUAGUUCUCAAGUAGAAGAUAAAAGCAACAGAAACGAAACCCAUGAAAAUGGUGCACAAGUAGAUAGGGAUAUUAACGACGAUGGACACGAAGAGCAUAAUUCACAUUGACACGAUUAAGGAAACGAAGGAGGUGAAGAAGAAAAUUCUAAUCAUACUUCACGUGCCUAAAUUUUCAACAUAUUUGUGCUCUAACUUCUACAAUAGAUAUUAGUUUAGAUAAAACAACGUGCGACGGCCGUUUUUGGUAGCUAGUGCUGGAAAACUGAAAAGCACGUACGUUUUAGCAAGUUUAAGUGUCAUCAUUGCUCAUAUAUGCACACUUGUUAGGUGCACUGACCCAAAAAUAUUCACACCUUUUUUUUUUCUUAAGGGGUUCAGUAUUUUAGCAAGUUCAAAUCUGUGGUUGUUACUAAAUCUCAAUACUAAUAUCUGACAAAUACAAU